AUGUCGAAAGUUAAGUUAGGCAUUAGAGUGCGGCCUUUCACAGAGAGGGAGCUUCGGUCCGACAAAGAGCGGACAAGGGUGGUGGACGUCGUCGAUGAUAAUACGGUCACAAUCACAAAUGUAAAAGUGAGUGUAUCUGGUGCGGGCGAUAGCAGGGCGCGUGUGCGCCGGUACUCCGCCGACUAUGCCUUCGAUAGCGCCUGUUUAACUACGCACCCCGCUUACGCUUCUCAAGAAAAGCUAUUUAUGCACAUUACUGUAGCCCACCUGAUGAUAGGUGGUGAUAAAGUCCAGACGCGAAGAUCACCUUGCCGGCUGCAGAAAUGCUCCUUCACGCCUCUUUUAAAGGACCCCAUUCAACACUUCUCGUACCUACUUAGUUUCUUGGAGAUCUACAACGAGAGAGUGCACGACCUUCUGGCGGGUGAAUCCGCCCCCAUCCCCUGUCAUUCGCUGCCCAGGCGCAGGGGGAAUGCGCGCAAGGAUCUCCGGGUUCGCGAACACCCUGGAAAAGGACCCUACGUACAAAAUCUCCGUAGGGUUGCGAUCCACAGCGUGGAAGCUUUGCUUGUUCUGCUGAACGAGGGGGCCAAACGUCGUCGCACUGCAGCCACCAGGCGGAACACUACUUCCUCCAGGUCUCAUGCCUUACUGGAGCUCGCCACUCACAACGCCACUCUACACCUCGCCGACUUAGCUGGCAGUGAGAAAGCGGGCUGGGAAGGUUGCGGCGGGAGGCAGAAGGAAGGCGCCAAUAUCAACAAGUCUCUGGUGGCAUUGAGCAAUGUCAUAUCAGCCCUGGUGAGUGGAGGCGGACGAGGCAGGUUUGUUCCGUACCGAGACUCUGCGCUCACUUGGCUGCUGAAGGAUUGCUUCACCGGUGGAGCCAACACUUUCAUCAUAGCAACUGUGUCACCGAGCGUUGCUUGUUACGGCGAGUCCGCAUCGACGCUCCGCUGGGCGGCGCGAGCGCGGCAACUUCCAGAUGCGCGCACAGUGGCUCCCUCCCCACUCACCCGCCCGCAGCUACUGGCGCAACACACGCGACUGCUGGCCGAGCUCGCCAGGAACUACAUCCAUUACGUUCCUGAAACUGGAAAACUAUCUUAUGAUGACAAUCAUUGGAAAUUGAACAAAAAAACGGAUAACUCUGAAUUGGAUCAAAAUAAAGCCGCCAACAUAGGGAACAUUAUGAAUUUAUUGCAAUCCAAAACUGAUACAAAAUCAGAAUCAACAGCUUCGUCGGCAGCAAGUGGAAGCUCGGAUGUAAUCAACAACCAUACAGAUAAGUUGCCAAAUACAGAUAUAGCCGAUGAAAUCACAAAAGAACUUGAUGAUAUGUUUGUACCUAAUUUGGAAAGAACUCAAAGUAUAAAUGAUUUAAAAAUUAUUGCUCCUCUAAGACAUAAACGCAGACAGUAUAAAUCUCAAGAAAUUUUACCAAUUGAUGAAACAGUUCUUAUGAAUCAGUCUAUUUCAAACGCAUUACCAGGACAUAGUGGAAUGCAACAAGUAAAUUAUUUGAAAAAUAAUACGGAUAAAUCAUUGGCUUCUCCAAUCUCAGUUCAUUAUGAUAAUAAUCAACGGGCAGAGAUAGUCGCAUCUGUUACGGAGAGACUAUACAAUAAAAUGAAAAAGAAAGAAGAGGCGGCUGCUUUAAAAAUGGAAUCUGUGAUAGAUAAGAAGAUUAUGGAGCCACUUAGCGAGUUAAGAAUUUGUACAAAUGCUCGUCAACGGCUUAUGGAGAUAAGUCAAAAAGCUCUUCGGAAUAAACGUAAAAUAGGUAUACCUGCACAUACUCAGACUCGCAAACUUGUGACCCGCGUUAGAGAUCAAGGCAUUGAUGUACAAACAGAUUUAGAGGCUUAUCUCCAAAAAAACAACCAUGAAUACAUUUUACGUUGUGAUGUUGCUACUGAAACAUUGCCUAUGACACCUAGGUGCAAGGAAGUAGCUGUUGGUUCCAAGUAUGGCAUGAUAAAUUUUAAUGAUAGAUCUACAAUUACGGAGGAAAAGAAGAUUGUUCAUAGAAGUUCUCUUGUGAUGACAGACGUUGUUAGGAAAUGUGACAGCUUUACACAAACACAUAUUGUACCACCUCCUAGAAGAAAGAGACGAGGGUGUUGUUGUAAAUGUUCCAAAACUAUAGGUAGUACACUGAAUGCAGACGAUAGCAAUGCUUCAAUUUUAAGUAUUAAUAUUUCGCAAUCUUAUCCCGUGGAUUCAGAAACGCAAAGUUCUGACGAUAAUUCAGAAAAUCAGGUUGUAAAUAAUGAGAAUCCGUCAUUGGUAAAUACGAAACCAGACUUACUGACUAAUCAUAGUACAUCUGAAUUGAAAUUGAACAUUAGAAAUAUUGAAGGAGAAACUAUUGUCACUAAAAAUUUUGUUGAGGAAGCAGACUUGGGAGCCAGAGACACGGAAAUAAAAACGAAUAAUGAUUUUUCUGAUUCAGACGAAUGUAGUUUACCCCGAGUAACUGUCGAAGAAACGAGAAAAAUUGACUCCCAUGAAAUAAAAGACAUGAUUUUAGGACGUAAUGAGAAUAUUUAUCCAUACAACAUAAUAUUGUCACCGCCACGAGACAGAGAUCAGUCAAAGAUAUUAGUUAAAUUUCAGGAUACUGAUGUUCCGAUGAGAUCCGUGGCCUUGCAAACUUCAUUGGAUGAAUGUGAUGAGAACGUGGUAAAUGCUUACACUAUUAAAGAUAGACAUAAAAGUCAUAGUGGUCGUACACGUACUGAUUCUAAUUCAACAGAAUCAAGUAAGGCAGAUUCUGAUACCUUUGUAUGGAAAAGAGGAUUUACAGACGAUAUUAACACGAAGCCAACGAGCACUCUAAGACGUAGCCACACCCCAGUAUAUAAAUCUAAAAGCUUUAAAAAUGAAAAAUCAAGCAACAAAUUACAUAAAGAGUUCAUUCGGCAAAAUCAGGAAAUAUAUACUGAUGAAUGUGAUUCUUUAUCAUCGAUAGAUAACAAUAAAGGAAUUACAUCGAGUGAUAGUACGGAGUCACGUGAUAUGUUUAGCCGGAGAAGAUGCUACUUGGAGAGCAUGUUAAAUAUUAAGCCUAACCAAGGUAAUUUCAGGAGCAUCGAACAAGAGUUAUUGAAUUCCUGCGAUAACUUAGAAAGAUCAGUGAAUAAAUACGAGAAGUAUGUUGCUAAAUAUCGAAAUACCAGUAAAGGCACUCAUAGGACUUGUUUAACGCGUACUCCUACUGAAUACUUACAGCAUUUGAUUCAACUGAGAAGGGAAGUAGUUAAGGGUGACUAUAAACUCGACAGUUCGACUAGGGCUUUGCCCAAAUAG